UGAUGGUAUGCACGUGUUUGUAUGUAAGUGCAACAGGAGAGACAGUCUGGGAUCUGCAGAGACAUCCGCUCAUAGGGAGAGACAUCAGCUACCUGCAACUGGAGAUAUAGGCAUUCCUGCCGGACACUGCUUCGGAAUCUGAGGCUGCUGCAGCUGGGAAGACUAUUAGAUUGAAGCUGAAGGGCAUCCUGGGACUACUAGUACCCAGACACCCCCUGAUAUCCUCUGCUAGACCUCCAAUAUUAAAGAUCAGAGACAUCAAAAGAAACUGCUGACUGCAAAAGAGACAGCCAGCGACUAAACAGAGACCACUGCACGAGGUGCGGCCCAGGACGCCACCCAGAUCGCUGACAGACAGGACAAAGAGCGCAGCAAACAGACUGCAGUCGGGCAGCCCGAGACCCAGACGCCGAGAGGCAGCUGAUUCAUACAUGGAAGAUACAGAGUCCUCCGACUUCUUGUCGUCUUGUGACUCCUUCUGUUCCACAAGCAUUUCCAACGCCACCGACCAAGAAGGGCACAAGUAUGUCGACUUCAAUGUCUUCCUCGCCGACCCCAUGGAAGAGAGCAGCAACAAGACGGAAGAGGAUUUCGAUAACUCCAGCAUGAUCCCCAACUCCCGGUUGACUAGCGCCGACCACCCGGUCCUGAUACGUUUGGAGAACGAGUAUCAAGCCCGGAGGACCUUCUGGGACCGCCGAACGGGGCAACAUCUCCUGUACCAUGGAGACGUGGAAAGGAGGACGACUUCUACUAGUCAGAGCAACUUGACUAAUGGCGAGUCGUCCCUAAACAAGAACCAGGACAAGACAAUCAAGCAUUUCGUACUGCAAAACGAGGAAAAGUUGGAAGCCCCCCAGAGACUCAAACGGCAAAGGAUCCCGGAGACAGAGAUGACUUCUGAUUGGUGGAGGGACAGGGAGUCCACCCUACACGAGUCUGAAGGAGACCGGAUCUUUGCUCAAAAGUGCCGUGAACUUCAGGGCUUUGUGAAGCCUCUAACAGAUUUACUGAAUGGACUGAAACGAGGGAGAUAUGACCGAGGACUGAGCAGUUUCCAGCAGAGUGUGGCUAUGGAUCGUAUACAGAGGAUAGUCGGAGUUCUUCAAAAGCCAGAGAUGGGAGAGCGGUACCUGGGCACACUUCUGCAGGUGGAGAUGAUGCUGAAGGUUUGGUUCCCGGAGGUCACCAGCUCCCUCUCCUCCUUUUCGUCCUCGUCCUCAGACAUUGAUAUGGAGGAACCCAAGUAUAAAAUGGCCAAGCAACCAUUGGUUACAUCUACCCAGAAGAGUUGUGUGACGGGGCCAACGUCCAGCAGCGAGUCAGUGACUACUCCCUCCGACCAUCCGGCCCAGGCCCCCCUGCAUCCUGAUUGUGCCUGCUGCAAAGAACGGGCUCAGGUCUUGGCCCAGUUGCCCAAUAUGAACAUGACGUGGAUGCACAUGGCCCCCAUCUGUAAUCCCCCUAUCAGCCAAGUCGACCUUCAUAGUCUCAACAGGGCCCUGAGCCAGGACUUGCUUGGACCCAACGCGCCCAGUUGUGGCAUCAUCUUCUUUGUGCAGAACAAUCAGCCAUCAUCGCCGUCUCAUCCUACCAUGGCAACCAAGGAGCAAAGGCCCUCUCUAACCCGCAGCCAAGGGAACCCAGAGGAAUUUCCACUCCGCAGCCGUAGCGCACCGGCCAUCACCCAAUUUGGUGACACCCAAAGUCUGAAGGUCUCCAAGACCCAUUCACAUUCCCUCCUCCAGCUUCCAACAUGUACUCAAAGGCCUGCAAGAGAGAAUACCGAAACCUGAACCCGGGCGUCUACAAGAACACUCCUCACCUGACCGGACCGUCCGGUUUUGGGUCUGACCAAUGACCCCAACACUUCAAUACGGAGGGGGACGUUUAAACCAUACAUUGGAUUUGUCAUGUUUCUCUUUUUUUCUUAUUUUUGAGGAACUUACUCCAUUGAGAUGUAACCCGGGACGUAUAGGGUGGAGAGCUGGAUUCCAAAGACGUGCGGGAAAACAAGAUGGCGUGUUUCAGGCAAAUAGCAAUAUUUCACAACCCAAUGGGGGGGGUCUAAAACUUUUGCAGCCUACUGAAGCCCCCAAGGAUUGGGGGGGAGGGGGCAGCAUCGACUUCACUCUACUACAUUUCCCCUGCUGCGAGCCUCAUGAUCUGUGCAGGACAUUGGAUUUGGAGGGUGCAUGUAAAAUAAAUUGUACUCUGUCUAUGGGGCAAUGUUUUAUGUAUAGAAACCCUUAUAGAAGUCAAAUACACCUUCUAUUGACCACUAUGGGCACCUGCUCGAUUUUUGGUCUUCAGUGGUUUUUACACAUGGGAACCAUUGCCUCGCUGUGUAGUCACCGUGUACGUGAACAAAUAUGAUGAUAAUUAUUAGAGGCCUUGCCCUUUAAGGCAUUUAAAUAGGGUGUGUCCAUGCACAGGUUAUCAGAUUUAGGAAAAUCUCAUUACUAUUGCAGCCAUAGAGGGGGUGACAUGUGACUCCCAAUCCACGGUGGUUAGUCAGGCCUGACAGUCUUGUUGCUAGGGACAGACUGCCUAGUAACCAGGGAUGUCAGACAGCUCUAGUUACCAAUCUGAAUCCAAUAUAUGAAUAUUGCCCGGUGUUGGCUUCAUUCAGGACCCUGAUAUUUUAGGAAUCCAGGACAGACUCCUAAAGUUUUUUUUUUUUUCCGCAGAUACAAAGUAGCCGACGUUAUUGCACAAUUAUUUAUUUUCAGUCGUGUUCGCUUUUCGAGCGGGAAUCGGGGCAUGUAACCUCUAUGCACUAAGAAGGUCUAUGCAGUUUUACAGCGAUUCUAAAUAUGGGUAAAGGCCAGUUUAUAGCUGGGAUUGGCAGCAAACGGGCAUCGCGUGGGCAUCGCGUGCCGCCUCCUGUAUCCCAUGAUUCAGGUGCAUUGGUGCGAGAGUUUAUAGGGUCACAGCAGCACAUAAGUAUUUCAGGAGAGGAGUGUGCAGAUUUCUUGUGGACGACAGUAGAGAUUACUUCAGUGAUGGGGGUCGUGAUGACGCAGGAUAUGUGGGAAGAGUCACAGCAGCACAGAGGAUUUUUGGGGUAGGCAGGUGACCUGACUGUUUCUGUUAAUGAUGUUGGUGAAGACAGGAUAUGGGCCGAAAACAUGGAGGGGGGGGGGGGAGGGGGGGCGGUCAGAGAAAGAGAACUGGGAUCCACAGCAGCACAGAGGAUUUCAGCAGCGUAGUUUGUUCUGCUCUUCUGGGAGGCAGCGGAACGACUGCAACCUACUGAGGACGAGACUGAGAUCACUUUUUUUUUGUUUUUGUUUUUUAACAUUAUUUUGUAAAAUAAAGAAACUUUUUUAUUGUAAA